CCAAGUAACUUGAAACCACCCGUUACUGACAAGACAAGAAUAGCUUUAGCAUAGCUUCUGGAAUCGAACAAGGGGCGAGCAAAAGAGUUUUCUUAUCAGAAAAUUAAAAAUGCCUACCUUAAAUUUGUUCACUAAUAUUCCUGUCGACUCUGUAAUUGCCUCCGAUAUUCUCAAGGAUGCUACCAAAGUUGUUGCCAAAAUCAUUGGCAAGCCCGAGUCUUAUGUGAUGAUCGUGCUGAAUGGAGGAGUGCCGAUUUCGUUUGCUGGUACUGAAGAGCCAGCUGCAUAUGGAGAGGUGAUCUCCAUUGGGGGCCUCGGGCCAAGUGUCAAUGGAAAACUCAGUUCAACUAUAGCCGAGAUACUUCAACUGAAGCUUUCUAUUGAUGCCUCUCGCUUUUACAUUAAGUUCUAUGAUGUUCAGCGCUCGAACUUCGGUUUCAACGGCUCUACAUUUUGACAGAUAAUCAGUGUGGCAGCAAAUCAAAGAUACUCAAAGGUUAAAUCAAAUAGCUCCACAAUGGAAGACUAGAAUCCAAGCCCAUGCCGGAGCCCUUGACUGUAAGAUUAUGCUUUGUUUAGACAAGACACAAUACAUGAUUUCGUGUUGUAUCAUUUUGAUGUUAAUCGCAACUCUACAUGGAUUUCAUUGUCAUUCAGAAAUUGCAAUGUAGUCUGAAGUAUUUGAAAUUAAA